UCGAAGCGAAGGAUGCUAAGAUGGCGCUGGAUUUUGACGGCGAGAGAAUGGUGAACAAUAAAGACAGAAAUUCUUCGUCUGCACACCCAAAGAGACCAUUGUGUGCAUGCACAGCCUAUAGCUGCAACAAACUGAUCCUUUUUCUUCUCGCCUGUAUCUAUGUUAUUGUGGGAGCUGGUCUCCUGAUUGUUGGCGUUUGGGUGACGUUCCAGGCCCGCGAUUAUGAGGCUGUCAAUCAUGACCUCCUUCUACCUGCACUUAUGAUGAUAGGUGUCGGCUUCCUCAUCACCACCAUCUCCUUGUUUGGAGUUGCUGGAGUUGUCAGGGAAAACAACUGUCUCCUUAUAUUUUACCUUGUCCUCACCAUACUAGCAUUCUUGCUUCAAGUUGGUAUUGGAGUUCUGGCAUUUAUCCACAGGCAAAAGGUUCCUGACUUGGGGAGUGAAGAUUUCAUGUAUAUACUGUCUGGUUACCAUGACGAUGGCAUGUAUAGGAGAUCUAUGGACAAUCUUCAGGCUGGGUUCCAGUGUUGUGGGUUUGAUUCGUAUUCUGACUAUGAACAAAACCGUCAGUUUGACUGUGGGGCCCUAGGAGAGCAGAGGUGUGGGGUUCCCUGGUCAUGCUGUAAAAACCUGAGUCAGAACAAGUUCAGAGUGGACUGUGGCUACAAAGUGCGAUUCAACAGUUCAAUGCCGAUCGGGAAGGUUCACACUGUUGGAUGUACAGAAUUGUACCUGUCCUGGCUCAGCUGGUCCCUCGACUUUGUCGGCAUUAUAGCACUAGGGACCUGUAUACCUCAGAUCAUCAGUAUUUUGCUGGCUUAUUUCCUGAUUCGGCAAGUGAGAGAAAUGAAGAUGUGGUAUCGGGUGGAAAUGUAGCGACCAUGGACGUAGCAGAUAACUUUGUUAGUACUGUAGUCUACACAGCUUACAAUGGAGACCUUACUCAAUACAGAUGUGGUCUCGAUGUAGAAGUCUGCUACAUUUUUGACACUGAGAUCUAGCUUUGUUAACAUUUAGGUUGUAUACAUACAUGUUAUCUGGGUUGUAUGUGUAGUUUUUGCCAGAACUGAAAUAUAAGCAAAAAAUGAAGAUACAGUCGCACACUCACAGUAGAUCUGUGAAAUGAAUAAAUAAUCAGGAACAGUAAUUGUUCAAAUAGAACCAGCUGCAGUACCAGUUUAAAUUAUGCUUUUAAAAUAUUCACAAACUCGUAGUUUUUCAGCAGUUGUUUGAAUUUCCACUCUGUAGAUUUAAAGUUGCAUAGUAUGAUACUAUUUUUAAGGACAAUAUAACUUUAGAAAUGUCAGUACUUUUUUAAGCAUGAUAGAAUGUUGACAUGUUAUGCAUUUGUUUCUUCCAUGUUUUAAAUCAACGAACCUUCACAGAGGAUUUAUAGUAGUCCCUGUCUAAUAACUUAAUAACUGUUUUUUCCAUUGGAUUGUUUACUGUUAUGUGAAUAGUUAAAUAGAUAUAAACAAUAUUUUUCUUUCUUCAGCUCUUAUUCUGUAUUUCAUCAUACAUUUAACUGCAUUAUUGACGUAUUAAAGCAUUGAAUGAAAAAUCAAAACAAAUUACAUGAUCUGUUAAAUUGAAAACAUACGAAAAAUAAAUGAAUGAAGACUUUUCUCAAUUUUGUUUAGUAUUAAUUUUAAUUUGUUAUGAUUUUACUUCAAAAAUGCUUCAUCAAAUAACUAACUUUGUAAGAUCAUCUUAAUUAGUUUUUUUGGAGGGAAAAAUACUCUGAUUAGUUUCCUGUUCAAAAUAUAUUUUUUGAUAUAAAUUUUUAUUAAUAUUGUUUGUUUUCAAUUUUAACGUAUAUCUAGUCUAUGUCACUAAUUCAUUCAGAGUCUUUAUUUGACAGUAUUGUGUAUAUAGUCAUGGAAGAAUUUAUCUUUUUCACUAUUUUAUAUUGUUAUUUGUAGAGUACAUGUAGAUUUAGUUUAUAGAAAUUUUAUAUGCCAAUUCAGACUUACAAUAACUUUAUUUAUGAAGUCUUCUAUACGCAUACUUUUCUGCAAAGAAGCACUAAUAUAUUCAUGAAGUACUCUUAUUUCAUAUGCAUAAUAUUUGACUUUUGUAUGAUAUGUCAGAAACCUAAAUGGCACCAUUUCCGUAUAAUAAUUAUUCGUUAUUAUAAUUAUUAGCAUUAAGUUUUUUUUUAAAUUACCAAGUAGAUGAUAUAGUCAUGUAUGUCCUUCACGUUUUCAUUAUUUACUAUCAUCGGAUAAAUAUACAUACUCGAGGAAGCCCAAGGGUACUUUUAGAUUUUCUUUUACCAGAAAAUUAAAGUUAGUAAUAAAUAAAUCCACUUAAAUCUUGAAAUAAGAAAUGACAAUUAAAGGCUAAGGGAGUGUACUGGAAUAUGCAUGAUGGGACACUUUUCUGGAAAAAAAUGUUUAAAUUUAACUGAAUGUUGGCAUUUAGAGUAUUUCUGUCAUUACUGUAUUUCCAAAAUGUUCCCAAUGAAUGUCCUAAACAUGUUGACAGCGGACUUGUGUAUACUUCUCUCAAGAACUAUCAUAUCACCUCACAUUUAUGAUUUUCAAGAACUUUGUUUGCAUAACAACCAUCAGUGAAUUGUAUAAAACUGGUUAAGUCUUUGGUUUGGUUAAAGUUGGCCAAAAUAUUAGUUGAUUGGUCAAUAUUUAUCCAAAAAUCAUUAUUAACCAAUGAAAUUAUUUAAAUGUGCAAACCUGCCUAUAGAUAACAUGUGGACAAAUUAUCCAAUUCUUAUUCAAUUGGCUGCUGCACUUGACUAUGUUUUCUGGUGAAUUGCAAUAAUUAAUUCUUUCUAUUUAUUCCAGGCAUACAGUUCAAUAUAUUUUAGAGACACCUGUGUAUUUGUAUGUUUUCCUGGUGGAAAAUUUAGGAAUUGUACAUUGAAAAACAGAUAAAUCCAUAGAUAAAUAUAUAUAAAUACAAGUUCAUGAAAAGUGUAUACUGGCUCUGACUGUGGGCUAACUAUGGGCCAAACAAAUACAGCUUUAUGCUUAAACCAUUUAACUCUUUUUCCUACUUAUAAGUUAAAAUAAUCGUAACAAAAUGUCAGAGUGCUUCAUUAUCCUGUAGAUGUUAAUUACAAUGUAAGUUGAGUUUUAUUUCAACAAAAUUUCUGUUUUAUGUUUCUCAUAUAUGUGUAAUAUUUUGCCUUUUAUGUUGCUUUGUAACCAUGGUGAUAAGCUUUUACACAAACUUGUAAGCUCUUUUGAGCUAGAACUAAUUUUUAUUCUAGUUUGUUUUGAUCUCUGUUCUGCUUGUUUUGCAAUCAUGUGAUGAGUUUGUUUUAUCCCAUUUUCAGUAUUUAGUUGAAUAUUUGUCUCAAUUGCGUUUUAAAAAAUGUUAUUUUAAUUUGUCUUAUCUUUGAGUGAUUUUAAACAGCUAUAACCAUUGAUUUGUCAAAAUUUGUUUACCCAGUUACUCAUUUUUGCUCAUAUAUAGAAAUGGUUGUCUAUGAUAACCAUUUUCUGUUAUAGCGGUAUUGUUGCUUUAUGAGUUUAUGACCUGGUGAUGCUUUUUUUAUUCAUUCCAGAUUUUGUCUAUUUAGUCUUACAUUUUAUUUCAUAUUUUUUAUGACUUAUAGAACUAAGAGUGCUGUAUUUCAUGUCCCCAACAUACUCCUCGUAUAAAGGAUGAUAUUAAUGUAAUGAAUCAAAGGUCUCUUGGCAAUUAAGUACUUUUUUUCAACAAUAUCAGUCAUAAGAUAUGUUGAAAUAAUGACUGAAAUUAGGAACAAUACAGGAGUAUGUUGCCAAGGAGCUUUAUGAUGUCAACCUUUCUGAUAUCAAUGCUGUGUGAUUCCAUAAAUGUCCUGACAAAUAUAAAUCUACCCCACUUUAUACAGUGAUCAUCAACUAUUUCUAUCUUAGCUUCAGAUAAAUGUCGUAUAUAAUAGGAUUAAUUUGGAGUGCUAAAAUGAUGUUUUUUCAAUUUAGGCCAAACAUUUCAAGCUAUGGCACACAUUUGUGUUCAAUAUAGCUUUAUUUUGAGAAUAAUCCUUUUCAUUUUGAUUCUAAAAUGUUAACCAAUUUUAACUUUAUGUCUUAUUCACUAAGUGUUUUGUUUCCGUGUUCAUGUUUUGUUGAAGGUGAUAAGAUGUUUGUUUGUGCAAUAUGCCCUAUGUGUGUGCCAGUGUAUAGGCUGCUAGUAUUUAUGACGUAGUGGUUUCUCCCAUCAUAUAACACAGUCAUACAGAAAUGUUGAAGGCUAUAUCCUCCAAAACCACACCAGUGAUAUUCAACCUAUAGAAGGCAUCAAUCAAGUCAUUAAACUAAAGCGUAAAUGAACAAUGUGGUGUAUAAUAUAUAUUUCCCACUGUUUGCAAUGAGCCUCUCUUUACCAAACCGUGACUAAAUCGAAGUGACAAAUAACUAGUCACACUUUAUAUGAACAAAGUCUUUGACAUUCUAUUUCUUGUUUUUGGUAAAGUUUAGACAUAAGAUGUAUAAUAGGCAUUUCACCAUAAUUCUUGUAAUCAUGAUGUCCUUACAUAUUUUAGUAUUUACUUUGUCAUAGUUUAAACUGUUUGCUUCCCAAUGCAUCAAUGGUAACAUUUUCAUUGUUUUAAGGAUCGUGAUGUUUUGUUUUGUAUUUAAAUAAAGUGAUUGUAAUUGAGAUGAUAGACUCUUAAGGUAUAAAUCUACUCUAUCUGGAAGGAUAGUAUUACAUUUUAUAAGCUUCAAACCAGGAAAUUACUGGACAAUAAUGCUGUGUUUUGUUAACAUAUAAUGCCGCUGUCUUUUUAUAUUUGGAGAGCUACUCUUGCUACUUUAUUCUUUAAUACCACCGACAUGUACAGAGGGAUUUGGGACAGUGCUACACCAACUCCUGGAUUUGUCAAAGAAAAUGAGCCUAGAACGGCUAUAGAAUUGUAUCUACCAUGUCCGCGGUCUUGUACAGUUGUUUCUCCUUUCUGUCUUGGUCUCAGUGGUUUGAAUGUUGGUGAGCUAUAUAGAGCCUUACUGGUACUCUUGGAAUAAAGGCAUGGUACAAAAACCGAUGUGUUUCGACCGUUUUGUCACUGCAUUCUAGUCAGGAUAUAUAUACAAGUACGAUUUACGGCGCAUUCCAAGAGGACCUUUACGUCCCGUAAUUGCUCACCUGUUAUUAAACCACUGUUAUGUGUGUAUGUGUGUGUCUACCUCACCUUGUCACUGUAGUUCUCUUCACUGUUUUCUAGAUGAAAUAAACGGUAGAAAUACGGAACACA